AUGUCAUGUCAUUCAAAACGAGAUGAUAUUCUUAUAUAUGAUAAAGAUGAACUUAUCUUAUACAAUGUUAAUGGUACUUUAGUAAAUAUAAAUACUACGAUUAAAAAAAUUCAUGGUACACAAUCAAAUCAUCUUAUUUCUUUGACUUAUGUUAAUUUAAUAAAAAUUUGGUCAAAAGAAAACUUAGUUAAUAAAGAUGAUACUGAUAUUCAAUAUGUUCAUGUUACUCUAUCUGGUUCACAACUUGGUCUUGUUAUUAAAAAUAAAAACGAUCAAUUUCAUUUUGUUCUUUAUCCAAUGGAUUUAACACAUAUAUGUUCAUCAUUUAUUGAUGAUCGUUGGUAUUUACUUAUUUAUGGACAUGGAAUUCAUAAACAUUUUCUUUAA